GAGAACUUGGAACUGAACUGAAGCAUCAUCCCUGUGACUAUAUGUCACCUUCCUACUACCCUCACCACCUCAUGGCGUCCCUCUCUUCUUCUCCUUCUUCUUCUUCUUCUUCUUCAUCAGAGGGAAGAGAGAGUUUUGGAUUCAGAUGCAUGGCCUCAGAGCUGUUUGCUAGAGUGUUCUCUGUGGUUUUCACUUGCAUCUUCGCAAUCGUUGGUUCACUGGUAGGAGCCGUCACCGGCGCUCUCAUAGGCCUUGCCACUGAGAGUGGUUUCCUCAGAGGAUCCGGAGUCGGAGCCAUUUCCGGCGCCGUCUUCUCCAUCGAAGUCAUCGAUUCGUCUCUCGAUCUAUGGAACUCCAGGGAUUCUGGCAUUUGGAGCCUUCUCUACCUGCUCGACAUAAUCUCUAGCCUAUUCAAUGGACGACUGGUCAGGGAGAAGGUUGGGCCAGCAGUGCAGAGUGCAGUCCAGAGUCAGAUGAAUGCACUCGGUCUGCCUUUCAUGGAAACUCUUGAUCUUUAUGAUGCCGGUGCCAACGCCAAGGGCUUGUCCGUUGAUGAAGUCGAGAAGCUGCCAAAGUCCAAAGUCACUGCAAGAGACGAGCUUGAUGCAUCAGGGGAGAAGACAAGCUGCUCAGUGUGUCUGCAGGAGCUGCAAUUGGGGGAAAUGGUGAGGAGGUUGCCUGAUUGUUGCCAUGUGUUUCAUCUGUCAUGCAUUGAUAGUUGGCUCAUCAGGCAUGGAUCCUGUCCCCUGUGCAGAAGGGAUGUCUAGUCUGAAAAGCUCGUCGCUAUUGGAGCUAUAACAUUCAUCCUACACAGUUCAGUAUCGCCAGCUCCCGAUUAAAUAGCAUUGUAUUCUGCAGGUUUUGCUAUUUGGAAUUGUCUAUAUUUUUUUAUGGAAAAUGGGUAGUUUAGCUAAAGAGAAAAAAAUAAUAAUUAAGUGUACGAAACUCCUGAUCUACUAUACGAGAUCUUAUUUUACAUUGCAAGAAAUUAUUUUAGCGAUUCAAA